AAUUUACUAAUUAAAAAAAUUAUAAAAUUGCAAAUGAUUAUUUUACUAUUAGCUUUAGCAGUAGCUUAGAUUUCGGCUGAUUAACCUUAUUAAGACUAAUGCAAAUUCUAUGCUCAAUUUACAGAUAUUGAUGGUACAGGCCCUCUUUGUAAGUAUUCAAUUAAUGGCUGUAGAUUGUGCCAAAAUGAUUAAUGUCUUUCUUGUUUGGAUGGAUUCUAUCUUAAUUCAGGCUAAUGCAAAAAUUGUAAAGAAGUUUUUGGCAAAUCAGUACAUACCUGCAAAUUAUUAGAUAAAUUAACUAUCAUAGAAUGUUCUCCUGGUUAUUACUUAGAUGCGAUCAAUAACUAAUGUAUAUAAUGUGGCGAAUUUUGCUUGUAAUGUAAAGAUGCUUAUUCUUGUCUUAUGUGCUAAAAUGAUUAUUUUGUUUACAGUAAUUAAUGCUACAGUUGUUAGAGUAAUGGUAUUCCUAAUUGCUGCUAAUAAGACACAAUAAGCACUUGUAAAAUGUGCAAACCAUCUUUUUUCUUAGAUUCAAGUUAAAAUUGUGUUUAAUGCAUUAAUAAUUGUUUAAAUUGUUCAAAAGCUGAUACUUGUGAUAAAUGUAAUAAGGGAUAUUUUUAUGAUUAUGGUAAUAAAUAAUGUAUUCAAAAUCCUCCUAAUUGUGAGUAAGCGUGCUAAACGGAUACAAAAUAACUAAAAUGUGUCAACUGCGUUAGUGAUUUUAAGAACAAAAAUAUGUUUUACCCUGAUAAAUUAGGUUAAUGUUAAAAGUGCACACUUGAAAACUGUAGAGUCUGCAGCAAUUAAAAUUAGUGCUAAGAAUGCUUUUAAGGAUAUUCUUUAAUGACAUACUCAAAAAGUGGUAUUUUAUAUUAAUAGUGUUUUAAAUGCUAAACUAACUGCAGUAAGUGCUCAAUGAAUGGAAGUUUUAAAAUUUGUUAUGAGUGCUCAGAUGGUUCAUAACCUGUUAAAGGAUAGUGUUUAUAAUAAAUAAAAUUGGAUUGGAGAACAGUCUAAUAAUAAAAAACUUCUCUUUUAGAGACUUUGAAUACAAUUUUGCUAUUGAUUAUUAUAAUUGCAACUCUUUGA